GCCGCCCAUGGGGAACAGCCACUGCGUCCCUCAGGCCCCUAGGAGGCUCCGGGCGUCCUUCUCCAGAAAGCCUUCGCUGAAGGGAAAUAGAGAGGAUGGCGCAAGGAAGCUGGCUGGCCUGUUUGGCUCCGAGGCCGGUCCUGACCUGGACGCCACUGCUGACAAGAUCUUCUACUACAUCCCUGGGACGGACAUCCGGGGCCUGGAGAGCCAGCGAGAAAACCUAGAGCAGCCGUUCCUGAGUGUGUUCAAGAAGGGGCGGCGGAGGGUGCCCGUGAGGAAUCUGGGCAAGGUUGUACACUAUGCCAAGGUCCAGCUACGAUUCCAGCAUAGCCAGGACAUCAGCAACUGCUAUCUGGAGCUGUUCCCCUCCUACCUCUACUUCCAGGCCCAUGGUUCCAAAGGACUCACCUUCCAGGGGCUGUUACCACUGAUGGAGCUGAGUGUCUGCCCGCUUGAGGGGUCCAGAGAGCAUGCCUUCCAGAUCACAGGCCCGCUGCCUGCUCCCCUUCAUGUGCUCUGCCCCAGCCAGGCUGAGCUGGGCCUCUGGCUGUACCACCUGGAAAAGCAGAUAGCCCUCGUGGGAGGGCUGCAGCACUGCCACUCAGCGCCCCCGCAGGUCAGUCCUGGGAACCCCCACACCCCCUCCCUGUCCCCUCUGUGCCAACACCCUCCGCUGCCCCUGACCCCCCUUCGCCAGGGCCCCCCUGAGGACGAGCUGCCCUGGACUCUGCAGCGCAGGCUGACCCGGCUACGGAAGGCAUCAGGGCAUCAAAUGGUGGGCAGCGCCGUCUGUGCCUCGAGGGUCAAGCUGCAGCAUCUGCCCUCACAGGAGCAAUGGGACCGGCUCCUGGUCCUGUACCCAACAUCCCUGGCUAUCUUCUCCGAAGAAGCAGAGGGGCUUUGCUUUAAGGGGGAGCUCCCACUCAGCGCUAUCUGCAUCAACCUGGAGGAGAAGGAGAAGCAGAUCCGUUCUUUCCUGAUCGAAGGCCGCCUCAUCAACACUAUCCGCGUGCUGUGUGCCACCUAUGAGGACUACAGCCACUGGCUACUGUGUCUGCAGACUAUCUUGCCCAGGGACGGAGCCGCCCCUCCGGCUGGCCCUGAGAGUCUCGCAGGGCCGCGCGUGUCCGCACAGGGCAUGGGCGGUCGCCGAGGGUCACUCUCCUCAGAUGGACAAACCAGCCGGGACUCGGGGUGCCCAGCACCCCCCUCCACCCACACCAGCCCCUCUGCCCCUGAGUCCUCGGUGCCAUCCACCACCCGCUGCCCUGCCCAGGCUGUAUCUGAGCAGGCCAACCCUGGCUGCACCAGCGUCAGCAGGCAGAGGGCAGAACUGAGAUGGAGCAGCAUCAGCCGGUCACCCAGGAGUAAGGCCCGGGGUGAGGGGCCCAGCCUGGCCACCUCGUUGUACUUGGACCUGACCAAGCUGAGCAGACAGACACUAGAGGACGACCCUGAGGCCCCAGACCACCCUCCGAAGACCCCACACUCCCCACUCUAUGCUGAUCCCUACACACCACCUGCUAUCUCCUACCACAAGAUCACAGACGUCCAGGGCCUGGAUGAGUUCCUCAGCGCAAUGCAGAGCUCACUUGGACCUGAAUCCUCGAGCCCAUUCCCCUCGGUCCCUGUGUCUGUGCCUGCCGCUGACCCCAGCUCUGGACUCUCCAGUCCCCACUUGCUCUCCAAGAAGGGAGCCCUGCAGCCCAGAGCCUCUCAGCGGCACCGAGGCUCCAUCAAGGGCCGGGGGCCACCACCCCCAGACUCCCCUCCGCAUGUCUCCCCAGCGAGGAAAGUCUCAACCGACCCCCUGCCACCCCCCUCAGGUGGCCAUCCCCCCAAGAGCUCUGGUAACAUCUGGGACAAAUCUUCAUCUCCCUCCCACAAGCGGUGGCCCCGAGGAGGACCUGAGGCUGGGGGGGGGCUCAUCCAGUGGAUCUGAUGGCCUCUGGGUGACCGGUUCUCAGGACCCCCUGCCAGCACGGACCCUGGAGUGGAGGGUUGCAGCAGAGCCUUGGUCUUUCUAUGUAGGGCCACAGGCCGACCGACAUCCGAUACCUGAACCCCAUCCAGUGCUGAGUCAGUGUCUGAUCCCAGCAGGGUGAAGGGUUCUCCAGGACUCUGAGUUUCCCUGGGCUCUGGAGGGGCCGGGAGGAGAGCAUCAUACUGAAGAUGGCCUGACGACAUGGCUGCACCACAGAUCAGAGCAGGCCUCGUAGGAGGACCAAAUUUCACCCUUUCCUCCAGGGAAGGACUGAGGGAGGCCACUCGACGCAGGCUUUACCUGGCGGUGGGAGAACGGCGCAGGUGGGAAGAAGGUCAGGUUAGUGAGGGUCAGAGAGCACGAGGGCAGGGAGGUCAGCGAAGUCUGAGAGACGUCACGAGCAGAGAGAGAAGGGUAUUCUGGGUGAAUGUCAGUAGGCUGCGGCUGGUCAGGAGAAACUACGAGACUAAACAGGAAAGAAAGA